AUUUGAAAUCUACUGGACGCUUGAGGGACGACGAGUGCAUUUCACAUGCUAGGAGAAGUUGCUGCAUUACGUCUGUUUCUUUACAGAAUUAAUUCAACGUUCACCAAAAGUCAGUUGUCAGGAAAGCCAAGGCUGCAAACCUGGCACGGUUAGCUGGGAAGUGAGCAUAGUUGGUAAAGCUCCGUGAAGAUAUGAGUUCUGUGCAUGAAAACGACGAGAACCUUGGGGUCCAGCCUGCAGGAAAGCACAGCGACUCUGACUUUGACAUCUUUGCUCUAGAGCAGCCCACUGGCAGGCCUUCCAUUCUCCGUCAGUCUCAAUUUGAGAACCUUUCCAACAAGACUGUCCCCAAGGGAAUAAAGGUUUGUUUUCAAACACCAAGAAGAGAUCCUGUCACCAAGAGAAUUGUAUCACCCUCUAAGAAUGUGAAGAUGAAUGCCUUGGAUGACUGUAUAAGUACCCUGGAGUCUCUAAAGCUGACAUCUGAUGAGUCCAUGUCUCAGGAGAACACUGAAAAUGGAUUGGUUGUGUCAAGCUCAGAUACUGGAGGAUAUCCAGAUGAUGACAUGCCUAUUAAAAGCAAAGGAGGCUAUCAGCUGGACUUUGAAAACCUGGAUACCAUCAAUCCUUUUCAAGGCUCAAGUGCGAUGGCCUUUUCUCCUGUUCGGUCCUGUGUGGGAGCUACUGUUGCCAGAUCCCCAGUAAAGAGUGAGCCUGAAGUUGUGGAAAAUGCCCCUGUCUCUGCCCCGGAGUCAGUGCCAGUUGAGGAAGAGGUGGUCAAAACGGACUCGGCCCUGGACGAAACGAUCCCUUUCAUUGCUUCACUUGAGAAUUCUGUUGCAGACACAUCUACAAAUGUGUGCGCCACAGACAGCCCUGUGAUUAUCGACCCGAAAAAGCUUCUGACUCCUCAGGCAGACCAGAGCCUAGACGACACAGAGGAGCUUCCCAAAGCACUUUCCUCAGCGAUUCCAGAACCGGAGGCCAGCGCUGCCCCUCCCCCUGUCAGCGAGUCUGUGGAGGAAACCCCACUACCAGCCACGGGCACUUACUCUUUUGAUUUUGACAACCUAGACGCAAUAAAUCCCUUCCAAACUGGUGGCUCUAAAAUUCCCAACUCCCCUGCUCUGGACAGGAAGGUGGAGGCUGUGAAGUCUUCACCACCUAAACCAGAAGCCCAGGAGCAGAAGAGUGUGGAAAGCAUUCCAGUGGUUGCGGAGUCAGUCACAGAGGCACCUGUGCUGACGGAAGUCACACCUGUUGUUGUCGAGGCAACUGUCCCUUCCAAGGAGACGUCAGAUUCUCAGCCCACCCCUGCUGCUGAGACUCAAGUGCAAUUGCUGGAGUUUAACUUUGACGAUGGCACUGAAGUGAAACGCAAGCCACCUUUCAAAAAGCUGGGCAAGAAACCACCAGGUGCCAGAGGAGGAGCUGAAAAGAAGCCUUCACCAGUUGAAAAGAAACCUGUGCCCCAAGCUGUGGAGUCCAAACCUGCACCCGCACCCAAGGAGGACCCCCAGGAUGGUGCACCAACUGAAGCCCCACUUUCUAAAGGCUCUUACUCAAUAGACUUUGACAAGUUGGAUGAUCCCAAUUUCAACCCGUUUGGAACAACGGUCAAGAUGGGCGGCUCUCCUGCUGCUGGGCGACCGAAGCCUGUCCCAGAGCAGAAGCAGAAAGAGCCUGAGGCUCCCGUUCAGGUGCCCUGCACUGCACCUGUGGCAAAGACUCAGCCUCUCCAAAAUGACUCAGAGGAACAGCCAAGCGCCGUCUCAAAAAUGGAGGAUGCCAAUGAGACUGUUGCUGCUGAGCAGCCUGAGGUUAUUCAGCCUCCUCCACCGGCGACCUGUGCCGCAAACAAUUCCCCAAAACACGAUAAGACGACAACUGUGCACCCAGAGCCCACAGAACUGGUCCAGCAACAUCAGAAUACCGACCUGACCACCAUCGGACAGGACGAGGAGUUUGUUCCAGGAGCCACAUUCAUGGCUGGUGAUUUUGAUGGACAGUUUGAUUACCUGGAGCAGUUUGGUUCUAGCACUUUUCAGGAGUCUGCCCUCCGCAAACAGUCACUGUACCUUAAGUUUGACCCCCUCCUGAGAGAGAGUCCCAAGAAGGGCACAGCUGGCAACACUGUGGGUGUCAGUCUGCCUCGUCUCUCCCUUGCUACAAGAAUGGAUGCCCAGAAGUCUGAUGAGAAGAAACGUACACAAAGUGAACCGGCGGACUCGAUGAAGCUGCUUGACUUUCCAGCCCCUUCUGUGCAGAGUGUGAGUCCCCUGGCCCAAGACCCUGCUGUGUUGGACCUGUUGGUUUCUACAUUCAAGCAGCCUGUGAAGAAUGAAGAUGCCAUCAUUGAGGUCCUAAAGUACAGCCAGAAAGACAUGGAUGCUGCCAUGGCUAAAGCAGAAGAGAAGGCUGAGGAGCGAGUAAAUGAAUGGAGAGCGAAAUACGAUGCACUAGUCCAGGAGAAACAGCAGCUGGGGGUUGUCCUUGCGGAGUUUGACAACACGUAUGCACAAAUCAUUGAUGAGAGGGAGAAGGAAAAACAGUCAGCUCAGGAAGAACUGAAGAAAGUUCUGCAGGAGAAGGAGCAGGCUCUCAUGGACCUCAAUUCCAUGGAGAGAUCUUUCUCUGACCUCUUCAAGCGCCUGGAGAAGCAUAAAGAAGUCAUUGAGGGCUACAAGAAGAAUGAGGAGACUCUGAAGAUGUGUGCUCAGGAUUACAUGGCCCGGAUCAAGAAGGAAGAGCAGCGGUACAAGUCGCUCAAGGCCCAUGCCGAAGAAAAGAUCGCCCUGGCUAAUGGUGAGAUCGCGGAGGUGAGGGGCAAGCAGAGGGCAGAGGUUUCAGCCUUGCAGGCCCAGCUGAAGAGAGAGCAGCUCAAAGUGCAUUCACUGGAAAAGAGUCUGGACCAGAAGGUCAAAGAGACUGAGGAGUUGACCAAGCUUUGUGAUGAGCUGAUUGUAAAUGUUCAGAAAAACUAAUUUUACUGUAUUUUCCACUUUUGUCUGUCCAUUUCAGUGUUUUUUUCUGUCCUUCUGUACUUAAUUAUUAAUAAUAAAAAAAACUUUUAGAAAUCAA